AUCUCCUCACCGGUCACAGUCUCUGAUAUCUCCUCACCGGUCACAGUCUCUGAUAUCUCCUCACCGGUCACAGUCUCUGAUAUCUCCUCACCGGUCACAGUCUCUACGUUGGUCCUGACAGCUGGUGGUCUCUUCUCUCCAGGUGCCGAGAUGGUGACAGAGGAGGGGACGGAGUGGCUGCUCUCGCUCCUUCGCGAGGUCCAGCUGGAACAAUUCUUCUCCAAGAUCCGGGAUGAACUCAACGUAACGCGACCCGGACACUUUGACUUUGUGAAACCCUUUGACUUGGAUCAGAUCGGGAUGGGGCGACCAGCCCAACGAAGACUCUUUGAAGCUUUAAAGCGGAGAAAACCUCAGGUUCGGCCCAAGUCCUGGAUGUACAAGAUGUUCUCCACAAGAAGCCCCGAUGGCCCCGAUUCUCCACCAUUUCCUGAACCCAUUAUAUCAUCAUCACAUUCCCCCUCAUCCUCCGCCCCCAGAGGGGAUCCCGACUGUUCCCUAAAAUGUCUGAUCAAUGAACGGGACCUGAGCCUGUACGAGCGCUUGGGAGACGGAUGUUUUGGGGUGGUCAGAAGAGGAGAGUGGCGGAUCCCCGGCGGGAGAGUGGUCAACGUGGCGGUGAAGUCCCUCCGCACUGACGCCGGUUCAGACCCCGAUGCGCUUUGUGAUUUCCUGCAGGAGGUGAACUCUAUGUACGCCCUGGACCACCCACACCUUAUCCGCCUGUAUGGCGUCGUCCUGGCACAGCCACUCAAGAUGAUUACGGAGUUGGCACCUCUGGGAUCCCUCCAUGACACCCUGCGCUCACGUUAUGGCUCCUUCCCUCUGCCGCUCUUGUGGUCAUACGCCCUACAGAUCGCAUCCGGGAUGAGCUACCUGGAAUCCCGUAAGUUCAUCCAUCGGGACCUGGCCGCCCGGAACAUCCUCAUGACCAGCGAAGAGGUGGUGAAAAUUGGUGACUUUGGCCUGAUGAGGGCCCUGAACGGGCACAAUGACCACUACAUCAUGUCUGCCCACCGCAAGAUACCCUUUGCAUGGUGUUCUCCAGAGAGUCUGAAGAUCGGCACCUUCUCUCACCCGUCCGAUGUCUGGAUGUUUGGGGUCACCCUGUGGGAAAUGUUCACCUAUGGCCAAGAACCUUGGCUGGGACUAAGCGGCCGCCAGAUCUUAAACAAAAUUGACCGUGAAGGCGAGCGGCUGGAGCGGCCGGAUGAUUGUCCACAAGGGAUGUACUCCAUCAUGAUGAAGUGCUGGGCCCACAAACCCGAACAACGCCCAAACUUCAACAGCCUGAUGACCCUAAUCCAAGAGGUGAAGCCGGUGGAGGUGCGUGUUCUGCAGGAGGUGAUGGAUCCUACCCUGUUGCGCCUGGAUGCGGGAGACGUGGUGGCGGUCAUUGAAGGCGGGCCCGACUCUCAGCUGUGGAGGGGGCAGAACCGCCGAACCUUGAAGGUGGGACAGUUUCCAUCAUCGCUGGUAGGCCCGGAGGACGCAGCUCAGGUGCGGAGCUGCGUACAGUUGGCGAGCAGUCUGGUGAAGAUUUCUUUGGGGGAUGCAGAGGCAGAUAGCGAGAGACGGAUUAGAGCAAAGGAAGCUGCGCGGCGAGGAGGAGGCAGAGCAGGAGAUGGAGUCAAGUUACUGCGCAUGCAAGGUCUCUCAAAAAGUCUUGAGUCUCUCUCAAAUUUCAAUCCGCAAACCAGUCGCCAGAACCUCCCUGGGCCUAAGAGCCGUGUGCGUGAUCUGGAGAGUUCUCCACCCCGGGAGGCGUCCCCUAGAAGAAUGAGCGACCUCCCGCCCCGGAGGAUACUCGCCAACCUCCGCCCACCAGUCCUGCCCAAGCCCAAGCUACCCCCUACCAAGGAACGAAUUCUUCCUCUGCCCAACACGGAUUACCCCUCCCCCCAGAUGAAUCGGGCCGGCAAAGAGAAGUUCUCCUCCUCUCCAGUCUUGGCUGGGGAUGUGGUCCAUCGUCUACCAUCAGACCCCAAGGUGGUGGCACCGAAAGGAGGCAUAACCGAGAGCGAUCUCCAGAGGAAGGUGAAAGAGGUGGAGGAGCGGGUCCAUGGUGUUACGACAGAGGAGAGCCGGGACGCUCUGCGGCGGUAUAGCGGUGAUGUUGCCCGCGCCGUACAAGCUCUGAAGGUGGAGCAGCUGUAUAACGUGAGCCGGCACAGUAAGGACGACUGCCGCCGAAUCCUGGAGAAGUGUCAGUGGAACCUGGAGGCCGCGUCUCGCUACGUCCUGCGCAGAGCGUUACACCCACAGUGAGCCGGGCCCCAGCGAGAACUACUUGUUUACUGGAAUAUAUUGUCCAUGAGGACCGAGGACGCUCCGCCCAGCUGUGAAGGACAAUGGAGGUCGCCAUAUUGAGGACCCCGGGGACGCUGGACGUUCUCUGGGGGGUCGUGCGUUAUAGUCACGGACGGAGCUGUCACAGAACAAUGUCGCGGAUCGGAUUCUGCAGACGUUCCGCUCAGUAUUAUCUUCGGACUCAGGAAGUGUUAACCGCGGAUCACAGCCGCCAUCUUGGAGAUGUUACUGCUGAAGAUGGGAUCGGGUCCGCGCCAAAAUUAUCUAUAGUGUUACUGUGGAGAGGAUCUGUAUAAACUAGGACUGGAAAGAGGACUAGAACUCCCAGCAUGGCCUCAGAACACUGCGAGCUGAUGUGUGGUCUGUGGAAUGUGACGUAUGUGGACGCACCGGUCAGACGUGUCUCCCGUGUUAUCAGGUGCUCGGGCGCACGUCUCACCACCGCAUAUAAUAAACCUAU